AAUUAACCAUUACAAUCAUCCUUGAUCCCAUCCUCCGUUAGGAAAGAAUUUUUAGCUGGCUUGGGGGGUAGUGAAGCAGCCGUGACUAGGAGAGGAGACAUAAAACAUAACGGAGAACAAGGUUUCAUCUGGAAAGACUGAAAGCCAGCUAUAUGUGUUCUCUGUGAAUUGUAGGCAAAGUCUCAAGACCUUAAGAGAUUUCCCAGCAGUGUUCUCUGAGAUGUCUGCCAGGAUAGCACCUUGCCUCACCCCUUUUCCUACACACCCCAAAACCUUUAUUAGACCCAGUGCUGCUUCCUUUGAGGUAGCCUCAAGUCAGAGCACUUGGGGGGGAGCAAGUACCCCCAAAUAUCCCCUAUAGUCUAAUGCUGUCUCCUAUAAGUUGGACAUUUGUACAAAAUGUUUUAAUUUUACCUUAAAGAAGGAAUGUGAAUUUUACAUUUUACUCCAUGAUAUGUGUAUAUUUGUUUUAAAGUAAAAAUGAUGUUUUAAAUUAAUAAGAAGAGUUUUUACCUAGUUUUCUUGUGGUUAAACUGUAAUGAAUUGAGUAGAUCAAUUUUGAAAAACUGAGCUGAAUUGAAAGAGCUUAGCACAGCAUGCCAGGGUCAACAUCUACAUAAUAUCUCUCCUUGGUGUUUGGGUUUAUUUCAGAUAGGUUUUUUUCUUGUCUACCCUCAACUGUCUCAAAGGAAACCUGCUGCCCCCACAGUCCUAUGACUUUAAUGUUUCAUGCUAAGUUAUAUUCUCCACCAAUCUCUAUGUAAAACUUACUGCGUCAGGGGACCCAGCCAGCUCAGAGCUAGGACAGAGAAAACGGUAUUUGGCACAAAGAUGGGCUGGGAUCCCUCUUAGAAUUAGAGACUAGGAUGCCAGUUAGUGAUAAGUUAUGAUGUAGAAAGAAGUGAAGGACUUACAUGGGGAGCCAACCUUGAGUACGCAGUGGAAAUCCACUUUUAACUAAUUUAAGGGAAAGUUAAGUGACCGAAUGCUGAAGAUGGCAUUACAGGAAACUUAGUUUGGCAGCAGUGUGUAAAAUAGACGAGAAUGAAGAGAAGUUAGAAGCAGGGAGCAAGGUAGAGCCUUACUUAGCCCAAAAUUGUGAAGUGAAGGUGGACUGGAAUGGGGUAUUGGCUGUAGAAUCAAGGAGAUUCAGAUCUUUGAGAAGCUGUGUGUUUUGCCACUUUAUUUUGAAGAAAUUACCAAAGAGAUGAUGACUUUAGUGUUUCUUUCUUCCUUUACAAGUAGAGUAAAAGCCAUAUUUCUGGAACUUUUAGAUAGGAACACUUACAUUAUCAUUCUAUUGCUAGUACAAAUUCAGUGAUUCAUAGAAACGCACUAAAUAGUCUGGUCGCUUUAAGUGUUUAGUCCUUAAAUUUAACAAAUAUGCCAAUUACCUUGGUCUGUGGUUCCUGGUUCAGGAAUUAAAAGCCACAAUCAAUUUAAAAAGCUGCUGCAGUCCUUUAGGAGUGAAUGAAAACAGAAUGCCAAGCAGCCAUCCUCCACUGCGUCACCUUCAGUCGUUGUCUGUAGACAAGCUGUGUGCUACUGCUGCAAUGAGGAAUUAUGCUCUUUUCCCUGGUCUCUUCUGGUGAUUCUGAAGCCAAACCUCUGAUCUUCACAUUUGUCCCCACUGUCAGAAGACUACCAACCCACUCUCAGUUGGCUGAUGCCUCUAAAUUCCUUGUUAAAAUUCCUGAGGAAUCAAGUGAUAAGAAUCCAGAAACUGUAAAUAGGUCUAAUUCCAGUGAGUACUUGACCUUGAAUGCUGGGAGCCAACGGGAAAGAGACCGAGGGACAGUGAUUUAUCCUUCAGAGGUUGGUGGAAAGAUUUCACAAGGAAGGGGAAUUAAAACAAACAAACCCCAAGGAAUGCAGCAAAGUGACCUCUUCAAAGCUGAGUAUGUCUUCAUUGUGGACUCUGAGGGGGAGGAUGAAGCUACAAGCAGAAAAGUUGAACAAGGCCAUCAAGGGGAAACGGGCACCACCGCUACCCGGCCCAAAUCUCUAGCCAUCUCCUCCAGCCUGGUGUCUGAUGUGGUGCGUCCCAAAACCCGGGCCACAGACCUCCAGGCCCCACCACAUCCUGCAAUGCCUCAUGGGAUGGCCCCUCAGCAAAAGCACGGGCAGUCAACUUCUUCUCCCACUACCUCUGAGCAGCUUGCCUGUAAACCACCUGCUUUCUCCUUUGUUUCUCCAACUAAUCAGAGAACACCACCUGACCCAGGUAACCUCGAAGGAGCCUCUGUCCUAGAGGAGUUCCACACUAGGAGGCUGGAUGUCAGUGGGGCCCUGGUGGAAGAAACAACUACGUAUUUUCAAACUGCUGCUCGCUCUUCACCCUGUUUUGCAUCGAAGGGCACCUCAUCGACGUUACAGUUUCCCCACCCCACUCGGUUAUCAGGUUCUCAUUUAUCCAGUCCAAGUGCAGCAGAUAAAAAACCUGGACUGAGCUCUGAAGUUCCGAAGAAGACGACAGCUUUCACGUCGCAUGUCCUUAGCCCCAGAGAAAGCCCAAGCGCCACUUCUCCUCCGUCCUCCAGUGCUUCUCUCAAGUCAAAUGCAGCCUCAUACAUACCAGUCCGUAUCGUCACGCACUCACUCUCUCCAAGUCCCAAACCAUUCAGCUCCUCUUUCCACGGCUCGUCUUCCAGUGUGUGUAGCCAAGUGUCCUCUAGUGGAAGCCCCUCCAAGCCCAGGGUAAAAUCCUCGGCCCCCUCCCGUCUCUCCCUUCUCACUGCCAUCCUCAAGUCAGACCCUUCUCACCGGAGACCCUUCUCCCCGGCAUCCUGUCCCACGUUCUCUCCCAACUCCCUGGCUUCUUCUACACUCACACUUGAUCAAAAAGUGAAACAAACCCCACCCACGCCUAAAAAAUCUCUCUCCAGUUGCUCGCUGAGAGCAGGGUCCCCAGAGCAAAGGGAACAGCAGGUCUCAGAACUUAGCCGGCAAUCCUUCCGCUUACCUUUGCCCGCCAAAUCUGCCCCCCUUGCUCAGGCACCCCCCCUGUCUCCCACAAAACAUGCCAGGGGCAGCCUGGUUUCUUCGAAUGUGGAGAGAGCAUCACCAGCCACUUUGAAGAGCAAUGCGGUGCUCUCCCCGCCGCAGACCAGUACCCUGAGCCCCACAGGUCUUCCUCCUGUUCCACCAAGCUUAUCUCCCCUUUCUUCGAAGGGCAAACAGGAUGCUGACCUCAGGGGUCCAGAAAAGCCCAGACACAUGUAUACACCUCCUUCGAUGUCAGCCUCCUCUGCAUUAGCUUCUGCAUCUCCUCCCACUAACCAAAAAGCCACACUCUCCUCUCCAGAGAAAUGUUUCCGUCCUUCUCCAGCUCUUUCAAAGCUGAUAAACCGAUCCCAGAGAGCCUCACCCCAGCCGUCUGACCAGGGGCAGAACCCUGCAGCAGCUCUUUCACCCCAAGGCUCCACUGCAAGCUCUGCCUCUUUUCCCACAUUGGGGUCCUCCUCUCUCCCUCAUGCUUACCUGCCCACCCAGGCACUGCCCCUUAGUCCCUCGGCACUGCACCCAAGCGGUAGCCGUGGUGCCUUGCCUUCAAGACUUGGGAAAUCUGAAAGCUCAGUGCCCGACCAUUGGUCAUCUGUUUCCACCCCAUCACCUCCCGUCUCUCUAACAAGAACCAAGGAGCUGAUUUCACCUUGUGCAUUGUCCAUGUCAACAGGCCCUGAAAAUAAGAAGCCCAAGCAAUACAAGACCAAGUCAAGCUACAAGGCUUUUGCUGCAAUCCCUACAAACACAUUGCUUUUGGAACAGAAGGCACUUGAUGGACCCGCCAAGACUGAAUGUUUCUCCAGGGACAGCACAUUAGACCCACCGCUUGAGUUGUGUUUCCCUGCACAGCUCAGGCAGCAAACUGAAGAGCUCUGUGCUACCAUUGAUAAGGUCUUACAGGAUUCCUUGUCUAUGCAUUCUUCUGAUUCUCCUUCAAGUUCCCCACAGACACUGUUGGGUUCUGACACAGUCAAAAUGCCUACAACUCUUCCAAGAGCAGCUGGUCGAGAAACCAAAUAUGCAAACCUCUCCUCACCAUCUUCUGCAGUAUCUGAGAGUCAGCUGACUAAGCCUGGAGUAAUUCGCCCAGUACCUGUAAAAUCCAAAAUUUUACUGAAAAAAGAGGAGGAAGUCUAUGAACCCAACCCUUUCAGUAAAUACCUGGAAGAUAACAGUGACUUCUCUGAGCAGGAAGUGACAGUUCCUCACAAGCCUGUUUCUCUCCACCCUUUAUAUCAGACUAGACUCUAUCCUCCUGCUAAGUCCCCACUGCAUCCACAGACCCUCUCCCAUGCUGACUGUCUAACCCCAGGACCUUUCAGUCACGUGAGCUCCCUCUCACUGAGUGACGAGCAGGAGAACUCCCAUACCCUGUUCAGUCACAACGCGUUUAACAAGCUGAGUCAUCCAAUGGUGGCUAUUCCUGAAUAUGAAACCUUUGAAUGCAAAGAGCAAUGAAGUUGGAGCGGAAGCUGAAAACACAGGCGGCGCUGAAGGGAUUUGGAAUGCUGGUGCUAAUCACUUGCUAGAUAGGACUCCUUUUUCAGUAUGCGCACUCGCUUUAGGAACUGCAGUGCAGAAGGAGAGCUAAAGAAAGUUUCCUGCGGGCAGAUAACACCACAGUCUCUACUAACACCCAGCACGGGAGAGAUUGAACUGCCGCUUCUCACGCCGCUGUUGGAGCCUUUAAUGCCUUCUAUUAAGCUGACAGCAAUACUAACGCGCCCCUAUAUUUAGCAGCCAAAUAAAGAAGAAUCAUGGGUGAACAGAAGAAUGGUUGUGACUGUUUUUCAACACCAGUCUUAUUUAAUGUAUACAUUACUUACUGAAUCAGGUUUUCUUCCCGUUUUGCUUCACUUAUUAUUAUUAUUUUUUUUUACAUAUAAAGAAAAAGAAGA